AUGGAAAUGACUCGGCGUCGUGCUACAAAGCUACUGUCGCAGUUAGAUCCUGCACUACUCGACGAGUUCAUCCGAAUGGAUGUGGCUUUGCCACGGUUAUUGGCAAGCACCAGCGGAGGUUGGGUUGGGGUCGUGGAGAGCGAGGGCCGGAUCGUCGAGCGAAAGGUCUCUGUGACUGAGGCGCGAACAACGGAUGCCGUCCUCCGAGCAGGCGCCGAGGUGGUAUCGAAAAGUGCCGUGCUCCGGCAAGCUGCUGAAACGGCCCGAAGAGGCUCGUUGCAGCUGCCUGCAUUCUCCUCCAACGACGAAGUGCCAUUGGCCCUGCGCUGGAAGAGUGACACUGGCAGCCGCUCUUUUUUCGACAGGCCCCAAGCAUACUUUACGGAGGACAUCCUGUUGGAGCUGAGCCUUGCAUCCGUUUCCAGGACGGUGAUUGCAGGUGCACCAGCUGUGGCCGUUACAAUCCCGCAACGGCAGUUUGUCUUCGUCACAAGGUCUACAGAAGAAGCGGACAAGUGGGCAGCGUCACUGAAAGCGAGUCCGAGCCCAACAAACACGCCAGCCGCCACUGCAAGUCCCUGGAAAGACAGGCUUCGUCGAUGGCCACUGAACCGUCUCGUCUGUAACGAUUUCGAGCUGUGCUUGGAUGUUUGCAAGGACCCGCUCUCAUUGUCUUCGGAGCUGCUUCGGCUUGCAAUCAGCGCGCAAGGGAGUCCCCCUGACAAAUUGUUUGCUGUCACGCAGCUGAGCUGCAAGCUGAAAACCGUCGAUCUCACGCCGCUAGAUCCGCAGGACCUGUGGGGCUUUUGGGUUAAUGUGUAUCACAGCCUCCUGGUACACUCGUGCGGCCUUUAUGGACGCCCAAGAACCUUGAGGUCUCUUCUGGGAUUUUACAACAGCUGUUCAUACCUCGUCGCUGGCCAAAUCUUCUCUCUUGCAGAGAUUGAACAUCUCGUGCUGCGAAGCCAGAUGCAGAAAGCUAGCACACGACUUAUGACGCUGCUCGUGCGCGUUUGGCGCCGAGAACCUUCUGAGCUUGAGGAGCGCCCUUCCUUACGCGCUCCUCGUAACCCCGGGGAGAACUUCAGAUGCCGUCCCGAUUGGCGUCUCAAUCUAGUUCUUUGCGCUGGCAACAAAGCCAGCAGCUCGAAGGUCCCAGUUUUCGAGCACAUGUCGGCUGACGACUUUGACAAGCUCGUGAGCAAGUCAAUGUCACAUUGCUUACGAGCUGCUGGCCGACUGGACAAGAAACCCGUCCAGCUCCCGUACGUGCUGUACCGCUUUCGCGCCGAUGCGCCCGGACCAGCCACUGAAUCGCCCGAUAGACGAUGGUCAAGUGCAUUGUCACCUUUGCUCGAAGACACGUCGAUUGAGGGUCGAUUGGCGUACAAGUCUGGCUAUGAUUGGACUAUGCGGGAACGGCUAGACUUGCUCUGA